AUGAAUUCAGUGAGCAUAGAAGUCCCAUAUUCCCGACUUUCGCCUGACAAGUUGAUCGAACCGAAGGGGUUGGAAGAAGCAUAUGCAUUUCUGGAAUACGGCCCAGAUUUCACCCUUUCGGCCGUGAAGACCGCCAAUACUUUGGGUAUUGAAGUCCCGGUUACGAGACUUCGAACGACAAUUUUAGCAAGAACCACUUGUGAGACAAAUUCCGAGGUAAACUUUGCUGUUCCAUCAUUAGGUGGCGGCUACCAACUGCAAGUGGAGAAGGCCUACAAGCUUCAGCUCUCUGCAGAU